AAAGGAGGCUGGCAAAUGCAGAGCAGUGCCGACGAGCGACGAGAAUUCUAUCGAGGACAAAAGGGCAGAAGAACUGCUUCACAGGACGAUAACAGAUCCUAUGAACUGAACGAUUUCCCCACACAAAACCACAGCAGCGACGUCGACAGCAGCGCCUAUAAUCAGCACGAGUCUCAGCAUCACUUGCACCACUCACACCACCAGGACUCAGCAUACGUGCAACAAAAUGGCGCCGGCGAUGUGGACGAUGAGGAGGACUACUCAAUUUCCGUAUCGGCGAUAAUGCAAAGACGUGCCAGUGUGCGUGGAUAUCGAGGCAAACGUGGAAGUCGCAACUCGCGACGUGCAUCAAGUCCCAUGGAUCACGUGCUCGAUAGUGUGGAGCGACGACGCUCCAGUGUUUAUACCACAAGCUCUGAGGAGGGCACCAAUCAGGAGUCCACCCAGGAGCAAAUCUUUGAGAAUAUACGCCUGCACAAGGAGGUCAUACAAUCGGUCAAAUUACAGCCAUGGCCAAUACGCAAGAAGCUCAAACUGGUGCGGCAGGCCAAAACGUAUGUGGCACGCCACGAGGGCGCGUUGCAAGAACGCUUCGCCAUGUCACGCAGCACGAGAGAUUUGUGGGCGAGGUUUAAAAUUUUAAUGGCAGCGAGAUGGCGACAUUGGAAACGUGAGACGACGAGUUUUCUCACAGUGCUCAUACCCUGGGAGUUGCGCAUCAAGGAAAUCGAAUCGCAUUUCGGCUCCGGAGUCGCAUCCUAUUUUACUUUCCUGCGGUGGCUCAUGUGGGUCAACAUUAUGAUUGCCAUUCCGUUGGUGGCCUUUGUCAUUGGACCGGAGUACUUUGCCACGAAACACGAUGAAACGGAUCCGCGCAAACGCAUGUCCGAACCGGAAUACAAGGUGGCCGGUAAUCUUUUUACAUUCUGGGAAUUCGAGGGCUACUUGAAAUAUUCGCCAAUGUUUUAUGGUUAUUACUCGAGCACUUCCGGCAUCAGCACUUCCGGCUAUAAGCUGCCGUUGGCUUACUUCCUCACUGCCGUUACGGUCUAUAUCUACAGCUUUGUGGCCACGCUGAGAAAAAUGGCGGAGAAUUCGCGCAAUUCGAAACUUUCCUCAAAGGAUGAUGAGUGCGUCUUCUCCUGGAAACUUUUCACCGGCUGGGACUUUAUGAUUGGACACGCGGAGACGGCGCAUAAUCGCAUUGCAUCCGUUGUGGUUGGCUUCAAGGAGGCGCUGCUGGAGGAAGCCGAAAAGAAAAAGGAUAAUCGCAACUGGCGCGUGAUAUUGCAAAGGAUAUUGGUUAACAUUCUGGUCAUGGUACUGUUGGGAUUAUCGGGUGCCACCGUAGUGAUGCUGGUGGAUAACUCGGAGAAUUUGGCCAAAUACGACAAUUGGCUAAGUCGCAAUGCGGUUAAUGUAACCAUGACUCUGUUAUCCUUUUUCCUUCCCAUGAUAUUUGAAGCACUCGGUUUGUUUGAAAACUGGCAUCCCAGGCAACAGUUGCGUCUGCAAUUGGCACGAAUUAUGAUAUUGAAUAUGUUGAACUUGUAUUCGCUGAUGUUCUCGUUCAUCUACAAGAUCACCAGCAAGGAUAAACUACUGCAAUUGCUGAAGGUGAAGAAUGAAACGAAUACACAGGAGCUGCACCAUCUGAUGGGCACCAUUGAGGCAUUGCGAGCGAUGACAACCACCGCACCACUCUACAGUGACAGCACCUCGGAGGGAUUCUUCGAUGAUUUGACGACGACCACACCUUGGGGUGGUGAUGCUGAUGCCAGCACCGAUGCCCUCUUCUCCACCACCGCGGUGGGUGUAUUGUUGUCCACUCUGCAGCGGAUCAAGUGCUAUAACAUAACUGUGAAAUGCUCAAAACCACGACUUACUCGCAUAUUUGUGAAUCCCAAGAAUAUUACCACCGCUUUGAUGCUACUCAAUUUGACAACAACCACCGUGUUGCCAACCACUUUGCCUACAACAACAACCGCCAAUUGGACUACCUUAACACCACCAAAUACAACAACUACAACAACAACCACUGAAAGUACAACCACAACACCUUGGACAACUUUACCUACAACAUUACCGACAACACUACCGACAACACUACCGACAACACUACCGACAACACUACCGACAACACUACCGACAACACUACCGACAACAACCACAACUCCAACCACCUUACCCACCACAGCAGCUACAACAACAACUACUACAACAACAACCACCCAAGCGCCUUUUACCACUGAUGAAGAUGCCGCCUAUGACUAUGGCAGCGAUGAGCCACAAUUGGGCUCUACCAGCACUACCACCACCCCGGCACCGGGUAACGACAGUUACUUCAAUUAUGUGGAUUACUUUGAGGGUGGAGAAUUACCUGAAUCAGUAGAUGAACUGGCCACCACCGAGCAAUCGAAUGAUCCACUGGCCCAGGUGUUAAGCCAACUGGAUGAGCAACCACUCAAAGCACGCAGAAAAAGGGCUGUGGCUGAGGUGGUACCACCUGUGUGGCACACCAGCAAAUACAGUCGAAGACAUCGCAAUGGUUCUGCGCUGGUUGCAGAGAGCACAACAGCUACUAAUGAACCAGCCGGCAGAAAUGUCUAUAGACCACCACCGAACAGAACGGUGGUACCAGCAACCACCAAAACCACAACAACAACAACCACUGUGCGACCUGGAAAACGUAUUCUAAGUGAGGAAGAAUGGAAUCGUAUCUUAAAUAAAGUGCGUGGUGGACUUGGUAAGGCAACCACAAGCACCACCAGCACCACAACCACUCAGAAAACAACAACAACCAGUGAAGAACCGACAACAACCAGUGAAACUGACACAACCACUUCAGAGGAAAGCAGCACCGUCAGUGAUAUUGGCACCAGCAGCACCACCGAGGAGUUCGAGUAUACGGAUCGCUCCGGAGCCACUGUAACACCCUACUAUAUCAGAUUCGAUGCUAUAGAGAAUAUUGGUAGCACCGUCUUCUAUGACAACGACAACGAACACGACAACAUGGAAUAUUGUGUGAUAACCGUGUGUCCAAAAGAGCAUGAAGAUUUCUUUGGCAGCAGCACCACAGCAGAUGGUUUGGACACCACGCUCAGUGGUGAUGUCAGGCAGACAAGCACCGUGAUGAAGACACCACUGGAACGACAAGUUUUAAGGCUUAAAGAGGUGCAGUUGGCACUGAAAGAAAUUCAAACCAAUCUGACGACAAUGUGCUGGGAAACGUCCUUGGGUCAGGAGCUGUCAAAGGUCAUCGUUUUUGAUGGGCUCAUGUCCAUUGUGGCGCCGCUAUGCAUUGACUUUCUGCGUGCUCUAUUUGUGCGGUAUGUCAAUCAAAACUGGUGCUGGGACAUGGAGAAAACGUUUCCGCAGUAUGGCGACUUUAAGAUAGCCGAGAACAUCCUGACAUUGAUUAAUAACCAGGGACAGGUGUGGAUGGGCAUCUUCUUCUCGCCUGGACUGGUGCUCAUCAACCUCGUCAAAUUGAUGAUUAUGAUGUACUUCAGGUCCUGGAUAGUCCUCACCUGCAAUGUACCCCACGAGGUGGUCUUCAAAGCCUCCAAGUCGAACAAUUUCUAUUUAUCUUUGUUGCUGACCAUGUUGUUCCUCUGUGUGCUGCCCGUGGGCUAUGCCAUUGUCUGGCUGCGUCCUUCUUGGCACUGUGGACCCUUUUCCGAGUACGAUCGAAUCGCCGAGUUUAUCACGAAUACAACAAGGAAUGCGUUGCCGAAGCAACUUCAUGAGCCACUGGACUAUCUGACAUCGUCGAGCACGGUAAUUCCGUUGCUGUUGCUUCUCAUACUCAUCAUCUAUUAUCUUAUAUCGCUGACGGGCGCCUUACGCGAGGCUAAUCAGGAUCUGCGCACCCAACUGCAGAAGGAGCGUGAGGAGGAGCGCAAAAAGAUUUUCAAAGUUCCCGAGGCUAAGCAGGCGGAACCAACGGCUACAACACUGACAAAUCGCUGGCGUAAAGUCCUCGAGGCAUCCUCACCUGUCACGCCCACACAACCGCCAGAUUUUGACACUGAGGAGUACAAGAAUCAGGCCAGGAAAGAGCUCAUCUCACGCAUCAUGAAGAAGGCGCUGAGGAAGGGUUCAGCCACCUCGGAUGAGGAUUCAGUGCGUCGCGACGACGACGACACGGACACUGAGCAUCAGGACUCGCUGCCACACGACGAGGAGCCGAAGGAGAAGCGAUUUGGCCUGUCACGAUUGCAGCAAAUCCGUCGCACCCGGAAACCCUCCCUCGUGGACAUUGUGCAGAUUGCGAAGCAGGAGAGAGCACGUUCUGGUUCCAUUGCAAUGGCAACCGGUGGAAGUAGUCCGGGCGAACACUUUCCCCUCAAGGAACCGCAUCCCAAGAGUCGCUUCAAGGUGGACAAGCACGAGAGAAAGGAGCGGGAAAGUUUCAGGGAGAAAAAGGAGCACAAGCACAAACAACCUCCGCCCUAUGAAAACCACAACGAACAUGAUCCGGAGGUGAAUUCACGCAUCGUCAGUGAAAGACGAGCCAGCUUGUUGCGUCGCAAGCGGGACAAGGAGGACAAGGAGGAGCAGUCGAAGCCCACAACGCCGGAACCAGAGGCAGAGUCCGUUGAGCCACCAACACCAGAGAGCCACUUUCACAUUGUGGACGAGAAGAAGCCGCCAGAGCAGGAGGAGCAACAGGAGCAACCGGAGCGACCAGUGAAGGAGCCUGUCAAGGAAGGUCUUAGUCUGGGCAAGUUCAAGUUUCGCAAACAUAGAAACAAGGCCAAUAACAGACCAGAUCCAGAGGUCUUCAAGUUCGAUGACAAGAGUCUGGAGAGGAAUAAGUCCGGCGAGAUUCCACAGGUGCCCAGCUCGGAGCAUUUAAACAGCGAGCUGGCCGGAGCAAGUGCAAGUGGCAUUGUAACGGUAGUUGAGCCCCAACCACUGCCUUCACCCACGCCCAGUCAGGGACAAAGUCAGCGCCAGAUGAAUGCCGAGAAGUUGGCGGCUUUAUCGCGUCAGGGACGCAAAAAAAUUGGUUCCCUGUUGGCUUUGGUGCGUGAGGCAGUGAAUCUGAAGAAGGAUGAUGUGGAACAGGGAUCGGAUGAGUCACCAGGUCCCACCACACCCACAUAUUUGGCUUAUACACCGCCACCACCGCCCUCGCUGUUGUCCAGAAACUCCAGCGCUACGGCUCUGGAAAUGCCGCCUACGCCGGAACCGGAUUCACCCACGCCCAGUGCUCCACUGCACUUUGGCAGCAGCACCUCCACCUCUUCAGCGAAUCGUCCCACUGUAAAACCACCCACUCCACCCGUAGUGCUGGCAUCGACGGCCACCUUGGCCACCAUGGAUGAUCUCGAGGAAUUGGAUUUGCCCGGUCCGAUUACGUUUCCCAAACGCAGUGCUUCCCAGCGACGUCGUGUGAUGCGUGAGGAUUCCCAGAGUUCCAUUUGGUCCGAUAAUAUACCCACCAUUACCAUCAGCACCACCGGCAGCGAUGAGUGCAUUGUGGAGAACGAGGCAGCUCCUCCGGUUCCUCCAGUGAAUGGCUUGCCCGAGGGCAGGGAUUCCCCAGUUCCCACUGUGAAUAUCAUUAAAAUCAACAUUGAGGACCACGAUGUGCAUGAGAACUAGUUACCAAGUGUCCUUUAAAUCCCCAGAUUGUCUUCUUAGUCCAAGGAAUUGGUUUAGUCAACUUGCAAUUUAGCUUAAAACUUGUUAUCAACAACAAUUUUAUCGCAACUCUCUCUCUCUCUCUGUCUGUCCUACAAAA